GGCUUAACGAAUUCAUCAUAAUGACCAAGAUCAACCAGAACCCUGAGUCAAGGCCAACUGGUACCUUGAUGGUGUUAUAUUCACCGGUUUAUUUUAUUCCUAGUUUUGCGUUGAUAGCAUAAAGAUGCAAAUAAGUCGCCGGUGUGUUCUGGCCAUGGGCGGCGUACUUGUAGGCUGCUGCAGCGGCGUAGUAUUUCUGGAGCUGCUGGUGAAACUCGAUCCGGGCAUUGGGAACCUCGUCACCGCGGCCCAGUUCGCGUUCAUAGCCCUGGAAGGGUUCAUCUUUACAUCCCGGCUAGGACUGGCUCAAAGGAAAAUCAGCCUGCGGGACUAUGCUCUGCUGGUGGCGAUGUUCUUUCUGACGAGUGUGUGCAAUAACUAUGUGUUCGAGUUCAAUGUGUCCAUGACGCUGCAUAUGAUCAUACGUGGAGGCUCGCUCAUAUCCAACAUGUGCUUGGGCACCAUAAUACUCAAGCAAACGUAUCGGAUGGGCCAGUAUAUAUCGGUCAUUAUGAUUAGCGUGGGUAUCUUCAUUUGCACGUACUUCUCCAGUCGGGAUUUGCCCGUCCACAGCGCCACGGAGGCAGACGUAUGGCGUUGGCUCGUGGGUGUAAUGCUGCUGGUGCUGGCCCUCUUCGUCUCCUCGUACAUGGGCAUCACCCAGGAGCUGCUCUAUCGGCGACAUGGCAAAUGUGCCCGCGAAGCCCUGUACUACACCCACCUGUUGCCACUGCCCGCCUUUCUCCUCAUGCACGACAACAUAUCAGACCAUUGGCGGCUGGCCUGCGCGGGUGAAGCCUUCGCACUGCCUCUGCUGGGCGUGUCGGUGCCACUGAUUUUGCUCUAUCUGCUGGGCAACGUGCUCACGCAGCAUAUGUGCAUCAGUUCGGUGUAUGCCUUGACGACGGAAUGCAGCUCCCUCACCGUAACACUGAUCAUAACCCUGCGCAAGUUCAUUUCGUUGGUGUUUUCGAUCGUCUACUUCCGCAAUCCCUUUACGGUGUACCACUGGCUAGGCACAGUGAUGGUGUUUGUGGGCACACUUAUGUUCGCCGAUGUCCUCAGACUGCCAGGCAGCCGGAGAGCUCAGCCUGUGAAACGUGACUGAUGUGAUGUGACUUUGACAAUCCAUUUGCAUUCCAUUUAAUUCGAUUUACAUUUAAGUACAAGUACGGGUAAAUACGGGUAGAGUUAAAACUAAACAAAAUUAUUAUUAUUACAAGACUUUCAUAAUUGUAAUUUACGAAAUGAACAAAGUACGAGCAUACAUUAAAAAGUACAAGAAACCAUCGA